AACCAGAACUGCAGAGAAUUGCCACCUUAUCUGGACCUUUUGCUAACUGCUGCAGCCUGUGUGGUAGGCACUCAAGAGCUGAAGAAAAUGCCACUGGCCCGAUCGCUGUCCAUGACUUCUCUUAAUGGGCUUCCCCAGUGGGAGGAUGAAGACCUGCCAGUGGAGGAUUUGCUGCUCUUUGAAGUGUCUUGGGAAGUUACCAACAAAGUGGGAGGCAUUUACACUGUGAUUCAGACAAAAGCCAAAACUACAGCAGAUGAAUGGGGUGAAAACUACUUUCUGAUUGGGCCCUACUUUGAGCAGAAUGUGAAGACUCAGGUGGAAGUCUGUGAGCCUCCAAACCCUGCAGUUAAGAAGGCAAUGGACACCAUGAAAAGCCAAGGGUGUCAGGUAUUUUUUGGAAGAUGGCUGAUAGAGGGCAGCCCAUAUGUCUUACUGUUUGAUAUAGGAUCAGCAGCUUGGAAUCUGGACAAGUGGAAAGGUGAAUUUUGGGAUGUCAGCAACAUAGGGAUCCCUUUUCAUGACCGAGAAGCCAACGAUGCUGUGCUUUUUGGAUCAUUAACAGCCUGGUUUUUAAAAGAGCUUUCCUGUCAGUUUGAAGACAAGCCCAAUAUAAUUGCUCACUUCCACGAAUGGCAGGCAGGAGUGGGUUUAAUACUGUCUCGAUCUCAAAAACUUCCUGUAGCCACAAUUUUUACUACCCAUGCAACUCUGCUUGGGAGAUACCUGUGUGCAGCCAGUAUAGAUUUUUACAACAAUCUUGACCGGUUUGACAUUGACAAGGAAGCUGGAGAGAGACAGAUUUACCAUCGGUACUGUAUGGAAAGAGCAUCUGUCCACUGUGCCCAUGUGUUCACCACAGUCUCACAGAUAACAGCUACAGAAGCAGAACAUAUGCUUAAAAGAAGUCCUGAUGUUGUCACCCCAAAUGGCUUGAACAUUAAGAAAUUUUCAGCAAUGCAUGAGUUUCAGAAUUUGCAUUCCAUGUACAAGGCUAGGAUCCAAGAGUUCAUUCGAGGUCAUUUCUAUGGCCACCUUGACUUCAGUCUUGAUAAGACCUUAUUUUUCUUCAUUGCUGGGAGGUAUGAGUUUUCCAACAAAGGAGCUGAUAUGUUUCUAGAAGCCUUAUCAAGAUUAAACUUUUUGCUGAGGGUUCAUAAGACUGAUGUUACAGUUAUUGUGUUCUUCAUCAUGCCAGCAAAGACAAACAACUUCAACGUGGAAACCCUGAAAGGACAAGCAGUCCGGAAGCAGCUCUGGGACACUGCACAAUCUGUGAAGGAAAAGUUUGGAAAGAAACUCUACAAUGCCCUGCUAAAAGGAGAAAUUCCAGACUUGAACAAGAUUCUUGACCGAGAUGAUAUAACCAUUAUGAAAAGAGCCAUCUAUUCAACUCAGCGGCACUGCCUGCCCCCAGUGACCACCCACAACAUGAUUGAUGAUGACAACGACCCAAUCCUCAACACCAUCCGGCGCAUUGGCCUUUUCAAUAACCGGACAGACAGAGUAAAGGUGAUCCUACAUCCAGAGUUUCUUUCUUCAACAAGCCCGUUGCUGCCCUUGGACUAUGAGGAGUUUGUUAGAGGCUGCCACCUUGGUGUAUUUCCAUCUUACUAUGAACCCUGGGGUUACACUCCAGCUGAAUGCACUGUGAUGGGCAUUCCCAGUGUAACCACAAACCUCUCUGGAUUUGGCUGUUUCAUGCAGGAACAUGUUGCUGACCCUGAAGCUUAUGGUAUCUACAUAGUUGACAGGAGGUUCCGCUCACCAGACGAAUCCUGCAACCAGCUGACCCAGUUCCUGUAUGGGUUUUGCCAGCAGUCCCGGCGCCAGAGGAUCAUCCAAAGGAACAGAACUGAGAGGCUCUCAGAUCUGUUGGACUGGAGAUACCUGGGCAGGUAUUACAUGCAUGCCAGACACUUGGCCCUCAGCAGAACAUUCCCAGAAAAAUUUGAGAUGGAACCAAGUGCUCCACCAAAGACGGAAGGUUUCAGGUACCCCAGGCCUUCAUCAGUGCCACCAUCACCUUCUGUCUCUCAGCAUUCCAGCCCACACCACAGCGAAGCUGAAGAUGAAGAUGAGGAUGAAAGAUACGAUGAGGAUGAGGAAGCCGAAAGGGAUAGGCAAAAUAUCAAGUCUCCAUUUUCCAUUGGAGCAUUGUCACAAGGAAAAAAGAAGCAACAUGGAGAAUACAGGAACUGA